AUGGAUUCGCAACAGCUUUAUUGUUCAGAGCAGUGUCUUUGCGAAUCGGUGCUUGAAUCGCGAAUUCGUGAAGCGAUUCGACAGCGCGACGACCAGUGGCGACGACACGAACGCGAGCAGAUCGUCUUUCUUCAGAACGAAACGGCCAUGAUGCUUCGUGGACUGCACAAAGAGAUUGAACGACUUGGACAUCAGCUGAGAGGGUUGUACGUAAAGGAAGUCCGUGAGAAGGAACAACAUGCCAGCAGCGUUGAAAAUAAAGUAACGGAAGAGAUUAAAAAACUUCAAGAACAGAUCAACAUUCAGGCUGAUCGAAUUCGACAACUCAAUUCCGAACUAAACGAACGUAACCAAACUGUGGCUUACCUUAGUAGUCAGUUGCGAUCUUACCGUCUUCGUGACGCGAUGGCAACGGCCCAGCAACGUCGUCGAGCGUCGUCCAACAACUGCUCAAGCACCAGUCCGAUUGUUUCACCGUCAUCUCCGCAUCGAAUAUUCCCACCGAAAGGUCUCGUGUCCGCCUCAGUCACUGUCUCCUAUCCGGGUAUUAAGAGCAGGUGA